UAAUACCGCCAAUAUACAGUGCAUUAAGUUGGGUAACAUCUUGGAAAAUGUGCAGAUAUUUUUGUGUAAGCAUAUUGCUCAUUUUUUGCACAGCAUUAAAUGAUUGUAAGGUGUAUAAUCCAAAAAGUUACAUAAGAAGUUUUCCGGAAGGUUUCAAAUUUGGAACAGCUACAGCAUCUUAUCAAGUCGAAGGUGCCUGGAACGAAGAUGGUAAGUCAGAAAAUAUUUGGGAUCAUGAAACUCACAUAGUUCCAAGUCCUGUUGAAGAUCAAUCUACUGGGGAUAUUGCUGACGACUCCUAUCAUCAAUAUAAGAGGGAUGUUGAGAUGAUGAGAGAACUAGGACUGGACCAUUAUAGAUUCUCAAUAUCAUGGACGAGAAUCAUGCCCAGUAGUUUUCCUGACCAAAUAAACGAAGCUGGUGUAGCUUAUUACAAUAACUUGAUUAACGAAAUGUUGAAGUAUGAUAUUGAGCCGAUGGUGACGCUAUACCAUUGGGACUUGCCACAAAGACUACAGGAUUUAGGCGGGUUGAGCAAUCCAUACCUAGUUGACUGGUUUGCAGAUUACGCUCGUACAGUUUUCAGGUUAUAUGGGGAUAGAGUAAAAAUAUGGAUUACUUUUAAUGAACCGCUUAUAAUAUGCUAUUUCGGCUAUGGAUCUGAUAAAAUGGCACCUAGACUCAAUUUUACUGGCAUCGCCGAAUAUAUGUGCACAAAAAAUAUACUGAUGGCUCACGCAAAAGCCUACCAUAUCUACAAUGAAGAAUUCAAACCGAGCUUAGGAGGUGUAAUUGGCAUCACGUUAAGUGCUCAAUGGUAUGAACCAGACUCGGAAGAACAAAUUGUUACCGCUGAAGAUGCAAACGCAUUCGAUUGGGGUAUAUUUGCUAAUCCUAUAUUCUCUGAAAGCGGUGACUACCCUGCAGUAGUGAAGAAAAGGACAGCCGCUAGAAGCAAGGAGCAGGGCUUCCCUAGAUCGAGACUUGAUGAAUUUACACCCCAAGAAGUGGACUACGUUCGCGGUACAGCUGAUUUCUUGGGAAUAAAUCAUUACUCGAGUUAUUUAGUGUACAGAAACGCUUCUGUAAAUGGCUACUAUCCAAUACCGUCUUACGAAGAUGACUUAGGUGCGAUACGAUAUCAGAAAAAUGAGUGGAAAAUUGGAGAGUCAAGCAUGGUUAUGUACGCUCCGUGGGGCUUCUAUAAGUUGCUAAAAAAAAUAAAGGAGUAUUACAACAACCCUCCAAUUUUCAUCACUGAAAAUGGCUUCGCGUCAUAUGGCGGGCUUCAAGACGAUGAUCGUAUUCUGUACUAUAGAGGUUACCUCGAUGCAGUGCUGGAUGCUUUGGACGAGGGUUCUGAUAUAAGAUGUUAUACCGCCUGGAGUCUGAUGGAUAACUUCGAAUGGCUGCACGGAUAUACGGAACGGUUUGGCUUGUACGAAGUGAACUAUAACAGUUCGGAACGCGUACGCACGCCGCGUAAAUCAGCUUUCGUGUACAAAGAGAUAAUACGAACCCGAAAACUGGACUGGAACUAUGAACCCAACACUAAUGUGAACAUGACCAUCGAUGAAAACCACUGUAUAUUAUUUUUAUUUUGCUUGGAACUAAAUGAAUGCAAGUCACACGCGUACAGGCCUCGCUAUGACAGCAGAAGCUUCCCCGAAGGUUUUGUAUUUGGAGCUGCUACAGCCUCGUAUCAAGUCGAGGGUGCCUGGAAUGAGGAUGGAAAAUCGGAAAAUAUUUGGGACCAUGAAACUCAUAAAGAGCCAAGUGAAAUUUUAGACCAAUCUACAGGUGAUAUUGCUGACGAUUCCUAUCAUCAAUACAAGAGAGAUGUUGAGAUGAUGAGGGAAUUGGGACUUGACUUUUAUAGAUUUUCAAUAUCUUGGACAAGAAUGAUGCCCACAAGCUUCCCUGAUCAAAUAAAUGAAGCGGGUGUAGCUUACUAUAAUAAUUUGAUUAAUGAAAUGUUGAAGUACAAUAUUGAGCCUAUGGUAACAUUAUAUCACUGGGACUUGCCGCAGAAACUACAACAAUUAGGUGGAUGGACCAACCCCAACAUUGUUAACUGGUACGCAGAUUACGCACGAGUAGUGUUUCAAUUGUUCGGUGACAGGGUUAAAAAAUGGUGGGGUAUAUAUGCACAUCCCAUAUACGCAAAAAGUGGUGACUAUCCCGCAAUGCUGAAAAAACGGAUAGCAGCUAAGAGCGCGAAGCAGGGUUUUCCUAGAUCGAGACUAAACGAAUUUACAGCACAAGAAGUAGACUACGUACGUGGUACAGCGGAUUUUUUUGGACUGAAUCACUAUACGAGCUUUUUGGUGUACAGAAAUGAAUCCGUAUAUGGCUUGUAUCCUGUUCCGUCUUAUAAGGACGAUCUGGGUGUGAUACAAUAUCAGCCUAAUGAGUGGAAAAUUGGAGAAUCUGAUAGAAUUAUGUAUGCACCAUGGGGAUUCUACAAUCUUCUUACAAAGAUUAGAAAAAUCUAUAACAACCCUCCCAUUUAUAUCACUGAAAAUGGCUUCUCAACUCAUGGUGGGUUAAAAGACGAGGAUCGCGUCACAUAUUAUAAAAGCUAUUUGGAUGCGAUGCUAAACGCCAUAGAUGAAGGUUCUGACAUCAGAGGUUACACUGCGUGGAGUUUAAUGGACAACUUUGAGUGGACAGUGGGAUACAGCGAACGAUUCGGCCUAUAUGAGGUGGACUACAACAGUACAAAACGCACGCGUACUCCACGAAAGUCGGCCUUUUUGUACAAGGAUAUAUUGCGCACGCGCAGGCUCGACUGGAACCAUGAACCCGUUACGAAAGUCAUGACAAUCGAUGAAGGACAUUAG